CUCAAACACCACAAAUGGCACUCUUCCAACGCGAUCCUUCAACUUAGGCUGACGCUAAAAGCCGUGGAAAAAGAGCUGAACUGAAGAACUGCAUGCACAAAUAAAACUUUUUUUUUCUGAGGACUAAAGUAUUUCAGCGGCAUUGAAGAUUUGCUGGAUUUGGACUUCGAUACAGUGAGUUAUUCAAAGGAAAGUGAAAAGGAAUUUUAAAAAAGGCUUUUUUUGGCAAGAUUAUGGGGGCAGAUGUCUUGUUUUGAUUUCCUCUCUUCGGGAUAUAACUUUGUUCAGCACAUUCAAGGAACUUUCCCAAAUCUGUGGAAGAACUAAAUUUUUGCAGCUUCGGCAUUAAGUUAAUUUGACAUUUUGUCAAUUUGGGGUGUUUUUUUUUAAUUGUCUAUGACAAUGCCUGUAGUCAAAGUGGAAAAAGACUCUCCGGCAGACACCGCCGUUCCUUCCUCCAACCCUUCACCACAGAUAGAGGAGCAGCCCCGGGGCAGGAGGAGGAAGAGACCCCUUCAGAGGGGCAAACCGCCGUACAGCUACAUCGCCCUCAUUUCCAUGGCUAUAGCCAACUCCCCCGACCGCAAGCUGACAUUGGGGGGCAUCUACAAGUUCAUCACAGAGCGGUUCCCCUUCUACAGAGACAAUUCAAAGAAGUGGCAGAACUCCAUUCGCCACAACCUGACUCUCAAUGACUGCUUUAUCAAGAUCCCCCGAGAGCCUGGCCGGCCGGGGAAGGGCAACUAUUGGGCCCUGGACCCCAACGCGGAGGACAUGUUUGAGAGCGGCAGCUUCCUGAGACGCAGGAAGAGGUUCAAGCGUUGUGACUUGAGCACGUACGCUUCAUAUGUGCACGAGAGUCCGGUUUUCUCUCCAGUUCAGAUUACCAGAUCGGCAGCGUACACCAAUGCGGUCUACCCCAACAUGACCGUCAGCCCGACCUACGGCCAGCAACUGCCCCCCACCUAUUACCCCUCCUCGUCGCCCCCAGGGUUUGGACACGGUCAGACCCGCAUGUUCAGCAUCAACAACAUCAUCGGACACCCGACCUCAGCCAGCAUGCUGGCAGGUCAAGGGUCAGAGAUGAUGCCGCAGCCUGGCCGAAGCUUCAGCCCCGAGGGUCUACACAACGGAUCUAAUCCCUGCAGUCUGGGGGCGCCGGGUUUCCAGACUCAGCCAUGCGGGGGGGCCCUACCGCCCCGCAGUUCAACACACCCGGGGUUCACCUACUCUGGGCCGAGCAGCCAUCACGCCCACCAGGGCUCCUAUGGACAGGGUCACAGCCAGGGCUACGUGGUGGCCGGCCGGAUCCACGCCUCAGCUCAGGGGUCUGCAGAGAGCAUGGAGCACUACGGCAGAGUGUCCCCAGUGCAGCUAGGCUCCUUCUCCCAGUACAACAGCACAGCAGGUCCAGUGGCCAACACCGGUGGGUACCUGAGACACCCCUCCUACCCGGGAAAUAUGGAGCGCUUUGUUUCCGCAAUCUAAGCUACUAAAAAUGUCAAUCCAAGCUUCUGUGCUUCAGAGACUAAUUGAGCCAGACAUUUUUGGGUACUUCUUUUGUUUUCUACAUUCAUGACUUUUAAACAAAAAGCUGAACAGACUGACCUCCUCUUGAGACACUACUGUGAUUUUUUUUCCACUUUCAGGACUGACGGUAACUUCCUGUUAAUUACAUUCUGUAGGUUUUGAUCUAAAUAUAAAGGCCCCUGCAUGACUCUGUAAAUUACUUUUAUUUUCUGUGCGUGGUUGUAAAUGUUUUGUCGGCACAACUUGAGUGGGUGAGUUAAAUGUUUACGGUACUAAAUUCAAAAAAGCUUUGUAACAUUUAGAUAAAUUAUUGUGCUUUGUGGUUGUUGGUUUUUGUUACAAUAAGCAGCUGGUUUAAACAGCAUCAACUCUUACUCAUCUGCGGGUUUUUUUUUAAAUGCACAUUUAGUUUGCUUUUUUUGUAAAAUAAACAGUGAAAAAACUCA